AUGCCAUACAGCCGAGAUUCUGUCGUCCAGCGCAUGACGCAGUAUUACGAGCUGCUCGAAAAGCUGGCCUACAUUGACGACUCGGAAAUCGCUCGGCCGCCGCCCACCGGCUGGACCAAUGAGCAGCUACAUAUGGAGAUGCUGAUGGCCGCCGAACGGUCCGACAAAGUCGUGGACUUGGUGAGGCAUCUUCCAUAUCUGCGCUGCAUCCGUGAACUCGAGGUGUAUGCCCCUUGCCGGGUUGUCUCGUAUUUGCGCGAGGACAUGUCGCACGAAGCAUCGACUCCCGAGAUGGCAAAGGUCUUUUUUCACAAACGCAUUAUGGUCUGUGGCGAGGAUGGCAUCGUUUGCCCCAAAGGAAUGAUCGCUCUCGCCUCAGAUUUGAGGAUAGACGCUAUACUGCUUGACACGGACGACGGGGUCAUUUACCACUGCGACGGGUCAAUGCAGGACCCCGAUGCCCCCGGCAAUGAGCCAUGGAGACAGGGAGGCAAGCAGUACCGGGCGGAGGAGUUUCUCGACAUGAUCUACGAUCAAGUGAAUAGCCUUCUAAUUAUGCCCAUUCCGGAGCCUUUUCCGUGGUUUGAGGGCGGCCUCACGCCAGAGGGAGCUCGUAUCAAACAAAUACUGGUUGAAAAUGGUUGGCCGGAGAGCUUGCGCAAGGACGCAUAUAUCGAUGCCCUCCGAGAAUACGAAAAGACCAGGCGAGCGGAAGAUGAUGAUCAGGCAGUCGACGACGACGACGAUGACGAUUUUUAA